UUUGGCUCAAGAGACCUAUGAGCCCGAGGGGUGGCCCGUGCACGCCGGCCCGUGCCGGCAGCGCGACUGCUCCAGGGCCGCUCCGCGCAGGCCCCGCGCUCGGGCACCCCUCGCCGCCCAGCGCACAUGGCGUGCUGGCGGGGCGCGGCGUGCGCCGAGGAGGCCCACGGGCCGCUCGGAGCGGCCGCGAGCGGCCUGGCCCCGCAGCCGGAGGGCCUCGCCGGCAAGGCCUUCGCGGGCGCGGGCGGCAGCCGCGCCCUGGACGCGUGCAGCACCCGCGCCGGGAGCCCCGAGGCGACGCCGGAGCCCGACGCGGAGGAGCCGGACGGGGCGGGCGUCGCGGAGCUCCAUAGGUACGAGGUCAUGCACGUCAUCGGCACCGGAGUCUACGGGACGGUCUUCGUGGCCCGGGACCGCGAGACGGACAGCAGGGUGGCGAUCAAGAGCCUGACGAUCGACGACGACCAGGGCGACGGCGUGCCCGCGCACGUCAUCCGUGAGGUGUCGUUGCUGCGCGAUUUCGUUCACCCCAACAUCGUGGAGUUGAAGGACCUGCAGGUCAAUGGUCCCACCGAGUACCAGCUGAUAUUCGAGUACGUUCCGGACGACCUGCAUCGGAUCCUGAAAGGUCACCGGAGGGAGGGUACCCAGCUACUCAUGGAGGAGGUCCUGCGGUAUUCACAAGAUCUUCUCAACGGAAUCCACGCAUGCCACGCGCGCAUGAUCAUUCAUCGCGACCUCAAACCACAGAACCUCCUCAUCCAUCCUGUGGACGGCCUUAAGAUCUGCGACGUCGGCCUGGCCCGUAUCUUCUCGCUCCCUGUCAAGAGCUACACCAAGGAGGUCAUCACCCUGUGGUACCGCGGCCCAGAGCUGCUGCUUGGGCAUCCCAGCUACGGCCCAGAAGUGGACAUUUGGUCUGCGGGGUGCAUCAUCGCUGAGACAGCCACUGGCUACCCGAUCUUCCCUGGGGACUCCGAGAUCGGCACAAUCUUGAAGAUCAUGCAGUUACUGGGCUCCCCCACGGAGGCCACCUGGCCGGGCUUCGAGACCAGCUUGCCGUUCUGGAGCUCCAGCUACCCGAGCUGGCCGCCCACGAACCUCCAGGCGAUCAGGGACAAGCGCCCAGAGCUCGGUGAUGCUGGGAUGGACCUGGUCCGCUCCCUGCUGGCCAUGCGGCCCGCGGCGCGGCCGACCUCUCGAAGGGCGAGGGCCCACGCCUUUGUCUCGCGGCCCGGCCCCGCCUAAGCAGGGCCGCCGACGGGCAGCGGCAGACCGGCCGGCGCCCCGCGCCUCGCGGGGCCCCGUGGGCCCCAGAUCACCGCCCGCUCUCCUGUUGUUUUGGGGAGCGAGCGCCCGGCUGAGCGCGGCGGGGCUUCGGCGGGUUCGCCAUCGGGCUCCAGAUGCGGUCGCAAUUGCGCCCGCCGCGUGCUGCGGCCACGCGGCCUUGGCGGCAGCGCCGUCUCGCUGGAGGCAGACAUGCAACACAGUUCACCUUCAGCAAAUCAGUUGAUCCAGCUUUCUGAGAUGCCAGCUGGUCCGAUGCUCUUUCAACCAGCCCCCUCCCCCUCACCUCUUCCUCCUUCUUCCCCCGCAACGCAUCACUCGCGCCCCCAGCCUCGGGUCAGUUUUGCUGUGAUGGUACAGUGGUAUUUCGGCUUGCGACUGCUGGCGACGUGUCACGGGCUUGAGAGGAGGAG